AUUAUAAAGGUUUUAUUCUUCAAUAUCCACUUUUAAAAUUGUUUUCGUGUUUUACUUUUCUGAUUGGUCGUGCAUUGCGAAUUGUUGUAAUUGUGGUGUUUAUGUAGUUUUUGUGGAUUUUGGAUGACAGGCAAGGGGUCCUAUGGAGCUGUUUACAAAGCAAGGGAUUUGAGAACCUCGGAGAUGGUUGCUAUUAAAGUAAUACCGUUAUCUGAAGGGGAGGAGGGGUAUGAGGAAAUCCGUGGUGAGAUUGAAAUGUUACAACAAUGUAAUCAUCCAAAUGUUGUCGGUUAUCUUGGAAGCUAUCAAGGAGAAGAGUAUCUUUGGAUGGCCAAGCUAAAGAGAGAAGAAAAAUUGCAGCAACAAGAGGGUGUUGAGUUAAGUUUUUUUAAUAAACUUGGACAUGUAGAGAAAGUGGAGAUCUUGAAGGGCAUUCAAGAGAUGAAAGAUUGGCUAGCUACGAGUUAUGUUUAUAAAUUUACUUAUUUUGUAAUUUAGGAUGUAUCAUAAUUUGUAAGUUACUUUGAUUAAAUAUAUGGUUGAUAUUUACCAACUCUUGUCAUUUGUAUGUAAUUUGGUCUAUUAAAAACA